GGUGUUUUAUUACAAUAUUUUGUAUUUUCUAAAUUCAAAUAAGGUUAAUUUGCACAAAAGUUAGGAUUGGUUUCAAACCGCGCUGUUUAACUCGCAACCCUGGCUUCCAAACUACUAAACGAAGUUUCUACAUCUUCAUCAAAGACUUAUUUGCUUGUUGUGCCCACAGUCGCUCCAUCAAACAGUGAAUUAAGCAAACGUCAGGCUGUUGGAAACUUGGUAUCGGAGAAAUCAGAUACCCAAUGUUUCCAAUACUUAGAAGACGGUCAACAACAAAAGAUCUUGAAACGAAAAGUUCCAGUCACAGUUGGUUUGCCGCAAAGCUCACGACACUCUAGAAAUAAAGAGCAUUCGCAAAAUUCAAGAAAUUACGUGUCCACAAUUUCUCAGCAGUUGCACGGAAAAGGAAACACAGAACAGAUCAUUCUCUCACCACAAAGAUCGAAACUGAAAUGCUUGCUGAACCUUUGCAGGAACUGAACGCUGGACCAGAGGAGGGAGCUAUCGAAGUACAUAAUGAUGACAACAUAACAGAUAAUUCAUUAAAUGUAUCAACCGCUGACGCUAAUUUGUCUGCUCAGAACUCAAGUAAUCAAGGAAAAGAUCUAGUGGCGUGGGUGAAAAUGGAUGGGAUGGAGUCUGACCUGGUAAAAGAUUUUGAUGCAAACUUGUCAGGACUUGGUUUGGAACUUGGAGCAAAUGCAUACAACAUGAGUGAAGUACUCAAUUUACCUAUAUUUAAGCAAGAAAGUUUGUUGGGUAAUCAAGGCUUGCCACCACUGCAGUACAUGUUGUGUGCCCCCACUUCACCAGCAACCAAAGUCUAUGAAGAAACAUUAACAUAUUUGAACCAGGGCCUUCCUUACGAAAUUAAGUUAAAAAAGCUGAGGGAUAUACCGGAUUUAGGAACUUUAAAACAUGUCAAAAGCCAGCUACGUGUAGUUUUCCAUGACCGCCGACUACAAUACACGGAAUAUGAACAGUUUCAAAACUGGAAAUUUAACAGGCCUGGUGAUAGACUGUUGAACAUAGAUAUUCCUAUGUCUGUUGGUGUAAUUCAACCCAGGGAGCAUCCAGAGCAAUUGAACUUGGUAGAGUUUAUUUGGGAUGUUGAAAAGGAGGCCUCAGUCUUUAUUCAAGUGCACUGUAUAAGUACUGAGUUUACAGUUCGUAAGCACGGUGGUGAAAAGGGUGUUCCAUUUCGGAUUCAAAUUGACACUUAUGCAUUGCAAAAUUUCAAUGAAUAUGGCCGAUAUAUCCAUUCUGCAAGCUGCCAGAUUAAGGUAUUUAAGCCAAAAGGUGCCGAUCGUAAACAAAAAACAGACAAGGAUAAAAUGGAACGAAGAACAGCACAAGAAAAACUGAAAUAUCAACCAUCAUAUGAUUCCACACUUUUGAGCGAGUGUAUGCCAACACUGCCAUCUAAUGAGCAGCUAGCAACCAUGACACAUGCAACAUCACAGCCACAGAACAUAAUAUCGGAACAAAUUACGGAAAUGAUCGUACCACAGACUGACUACAUUGCCGUGUCACAGCCACGAUCUAACAAUUCUUCUUUGUCCGAAAGACACAGCUUAAAUACUACAAGCUAUAAUCAAAUAGUGGAAGCAUCAAUGAUAGUUCCCGAUUCCGAAAGCAUAAACACAAAAACUAACUGCAGAGCAAGUCCAGCAAUAAAGUCGGAUGCACUUUUACAAAAUGCAACAGUUGCGGAAACACAAGAGUGGCUGCAACGCAACCGUUUUGCUUCUUUCAUGAAGACAUUCAGUAAUUUUUCAGCCUUAGAUUUGCUCACAUUAUCAAGGGAUGACACAACACAUAUUUGCGGUCAAGCAGACGGAAUUCGACUUUACAAUUCACUUCGAUCUAAACCAAUUCAUCCCCCACUUACCCUUUACCUUACACCUGCAUCGCAGAAAAAUGAGGGAGAUAUUUUAGUUUAUAAAGCUUAUUAUCUUAGUCAAGCAACGGAAAAUGAACUAAUGAAAGCAACAACUUCAUGUUUAUUUCCACAUGACGAAGGACUAGUACAACAACAACAACCUUAUCAGAUUCUUUAUCAACCUCAUAGAAAAAAUAUCCACGUAUUAGUCACUGAUGAGGUUGUGUCUGUGAUAAAAGAUGAAUCAUCUUUCACUGUUCAUUUGCUCAAAAAUGAAAACUCGGAUAAUUUCCGUGUAAUUAUUAAACCUUAGAUCAAUUGUGUGCAAUACAUUAUAUGUCGUGGUUGCAGUGCAGUUUGCUAGUUCUAAUUGCUCCUAAACAACAAAAAUUUUACACUAGAUAUAAUUGAGGUAAUUUGUUAUCUGGCGAAUCAACUGUAAAUUCCAUUGUGUGUUUUAUUUUGUUUCAAAAAGCUUCUUGUGUGGGGAUUUUUUUACAUAAAAUAGAGUUUGUAUUUUUCUAAGGUGUUUAUAAUAGCUUAAUUUUUCAAUCUGUAUUCCUUCACAGCACAAAAGAAAAUUAAAAUGUGUAAAAACCACUCAGGUUUAACUGUUAUUUAGCGCCUCAUACGUAUUUUCUGUACAAAAAUAAUUGGCUUUUCAUCACUAAUAAUCAAUGCAUCUUUGGCUAUUUAUGUUUGCUGUAUGUUUUUUUUCAGAAGUGUGAAUUACUGUGAAAAUGAACUAAACAGUACAGCAGUGAAUAGCAUUAAUUAUUUUUACCAAAUGUAUGACAUUAAAAGUUCCAUUAUUUUGUGAAUUGUUGCUGCUCGCCUAUGUAACUUAUUUUUCUUCAUUUGGUUGAAAUGUAAGUCAUUCUAAAUUGUACAACAACUAAAAAAGCUUGUUUUACACAUCCAAAGAUUCCAAUCAUGUUGUAUUUUUAAUGACUCUGCCUUUGGUUUUUAUGUAUCCUGAUAAAGGUAUAUGACAGAG